UCUGCCACAAAAAGCCGCCAGCUCCUCCUUCGGCCUCGCCAACAGGAAGCCGUUGAUCAGCGCUCUUCCUCCUGCUGCACUCGGCGUCGAUUUUCUGCGUGUGCACGUCUUUAACCGGAUCAGGGUUCAGAGGCGGCCGAGUGGAGGGGUGGCAUUCCAUCGCCAAGGUCUCUCACUUCUUCUCGCGUUUCCCAGAGAAAUGCCGAGAGCGAGAAGGACAGCAUCGCUGGUCCAGUUCGCUGACACUCGCAUACUUUCCACACGAAACAGUUGGCGACGGUUGGAAAAGCACCUGCUGCACCCAGGCCCACGGGACGGUGGACGGUUAUGGGCGAAGUGACGUGAAACCGACUCGAGGACUCGAGGACGGAGUGCAGUGUUCUUUGUGCGGUGCUCGGCGCGGACGUUACCGUGGAGCGGAGACCGAUGGCAGACCCAUAUUAGCUCGCUCCACCAUGUAAACCGGCCCGACCAUGUCGUCCCCGUCGCCCGACCCGCAGAAAGCCGCCGAGCACACCUACCAGUCGAGCGAGACCAGCGACCACGGCCUCCUCGCCCAUGGCCACCCAUGCCCUUGCGCCGACAAGCCCGUCGACUCCUCCAAGAGCGAGUUGCACGGCCACUGCCUGUCCAAGUCCUCGCACCACCACAACAUCAUCAGCUUGAGCCACGUGCCGGCCAACACCAACCACAUCCACCCCAUCAACCAGUCGGUGCACGUGCACGUGCACGCUUCGCCGAAGACCGCCCACUCGCCGAAGAUCGUCCCUUCCACGUGCACGUGCCACCUGCAGGAGGACGCCGACGCCAUCGCCGAGGCGGAGGUGGCGCAAGGUCGGAAGCUGGAGGCCGACGACCGAAUCGAGGUGUCGAACCUGCCGCCGGCGCUGCCGCCGCGUCCGCCUCCCAGGCCUCGCCUGGACGGCACGCUGAGCUCGAGGCACAGAGCCAGGAGCUCCAAUCCGAGCCACAGCGGCAUCCGCAAGUACGUCUUCUGGUGCUGCGCCUGCGGCGGCAUGGCCACCAUCCUCGGGGCGCUCUUUCUCGCCGUCUACUUCCUCCUCCGUUCCUACACUUCCACCCUCGGCUACUUCGAAACGAUCCCGACUUUCGUGCCUGCCACCAUGUUAAUCCUGACCGGUUUGUGCGUCAUGAGCUUAGCAAGAAGGAAAAAUCGAUACAGUUACUUGAUCAAAGUUUGCGGUUUGUGUUGCCUCGUCUGCGCCCUCACUUGCGUUUUAGUCACCAUAACGACCACAGUCAUUCACAUGAACCGCCUCCAGACCUUGAGGGAGUGCGUGUACACGCAGAAAACACGUACCUGUAUAUGCUACUCGGUGCUGCUGGAGUCGCACGUGCACGCUGACGACGAGAUCAAGUUUGUGUUCAACUCCACGCCGGAUUGCGAAGUCAUCCACGGAGCGCUGUAUUCGUGUCUUCGGGCGAUGUUCGGUCUCUCGGUCAGCGGGAUCUUAGUCUGUAUAUUUUCCUGUAUGUUAGUUUACCAGUUGUUAAGCCACGAGAAGAAGAAGAUGUAUUGGGAGCAACUGGAGCUGAGGUGUCGUUCGUUCUACCAGCAACACACGAGCGGCCCUACCAGCACCCACGGGUCCGUCAGAGGUCCACCCAUCACACCUACUACCUACUGCAGUUGCUGCGAAGAAUGUCGCUACCCUCCGCUACCAAUGGGUCCGCAGGUGUACCCGUGGGACUCGCACCACCCUACUGACAGGUUUUGGACUCCCGGCCGCGUUGGUAACUUUUACUCCCCCAACCCCGGUGAGGACGGUCCUCCGGAUACCACGAACCGCGAGCGCGCCCAGAGCGGCUGGAGCUGGCGCCGGCUCCCCUGGAACCGCGGCAACAACACCCAGAACGACCCCCCUCGAGACAACUCGCUCACUUACCAGGGCACCAGUAGCGCCGACAGCCAAUACGGGUUCACUAACCGGUCUGGAGGCGAGAACGUCCUCCAAGGCGACCCCAAUACCGGCUCCACCGGGUCCUACAGCGUCCUGGAUAACCGGCCCCCUAUCGGGGGCGUGUACGUGUGGGGUCCGCCGCCCCCUUACUCCAACCCCAACUCGCCGGCGCGGCGGCCGCUGCAGUCCCCCGCGCGCUACCACCACAUCCACCACCACCUGCACGGGCACGAGUCCCACUGCCAGAUGAGCGAGGAGGCGCAGUUCCGGGGGUCGCGGAGGGCGCGCAUGCAUUGUAAUAAAGACAACUACGAGAACACGACGGAGGCGGAGGUGCAGCAGGUGAAUGAUAACGGAGAGAGCACGGAUAGUUCGAGCUGCGUAGAUAGAAUCUCGCAUACGCUACCGGUGAGGAAGAUGAAGAAGAAGAACGAUAUGGCGUCGGUGAAGUCGACAAAUCAGGGAAAUAGUAGGACGAAUGUGCAGAAUGUGUUUGGUCAAGGGAAGGAGGAGGCGAAGAACGAGGAGGAGCACAGCUACCACGAGCCGAGUGUGCCGGACAAGGGCAAGCCGAAGGGGGACAUGCAGCAGUGCAGGUUUUUACCGAGGUUGCAGGGGGUGGAGAAUGCGGCGUUCCAAAAGCAGGAAAACAGUCCACAAAAGCCGGAGACGUCGGAGUCGGAGGUGUACUUUGCGGAUGUGAGUAGUUGCUGUAACAUCUCGGUGCGCAACGACGGACAAGACUCUUCGCUCUACGACGAAGCUCUGGAAAGUCAGAAAGCGCGAUUGAUGUCGCUACAGAAACCAGAGUGUAAGGAACAAAACCAACUCCUGCAGAACUUCCAAGAGAACAUAUCUUCGUCUACGGUUACAGAAGACGAAGAUUAUUUAGCGCACCGAAUGGGCAACCGCCAAAUGUCUACAAGAAGUCGCAUGCCCUUUCCCUUACCCAGUUCCGACGAGCUCAACGAGUUCUCAGCGGAAACCUGCAUGCAACUCCUCCCCAAAGACAUCUCCCAGAACAGUCUCUGCAGUAGCGUGCAGACCCCGAUGACCGAAACCACCGACGACGGGUUGACUCCCGUAGACUGUUGCAACUACUUCCCGGAUAAACCUUCGGAGCACCACCGGCCCUUCACCGAGCACUUUCUAGCCCCGGACGCGCAAUACGAAGUCGUCCAAGACCAAGUUCGCCAAAACUCCAGCAACCUCACGAGCACGAUCUCCGGUUUAAACAACUUCGGUCCUAAUUACUACAACCAGACCAAGCCCAACUUCAACUACAAUACUAACAGUCCAAAGAACGUACCGCCAAAGAGCUUAAACUUGAAUCCUCAGUCUCCCAGUAGGAGGAACAUCGGUUCGAAUAUUUCAGCGCUUAUACAGAAUCUGGGUGGGAAUCCGGCGGGGUUGCUUUACGGGGAAGCUAACAGUGCCGACGACGAGGAGAUUCAGGGUCAGGCGUGUCAUAGUGACGGGACCAUGGAUUCGGGAUGGCACAGUGGCUCGGAGAAAAUCGAAAAUAAGAAGCAGGAAAACAAUGAACCUGUUAAUGUGUGAUGUGCGUCACCGGAAGACGAUACGGACUGAAUGGACAUUGUAACCGCAAAUGUGGGUUUUGAUAUCUUUGGACGUUAAACGAGAUAUGGUUGUUCUAUAUGUACCUACUUAUAUUUUGUAAUAAAGUGUUAAAUCAU